AUCAACUUCGUCUGAAAUUAAAAGGCUUCUAACGUCAGAACUGUUAUGGAAACGUGCCGAGUUGUGAAAACCAAUGAGUGAGAAAUCUGCUAAAAUACAGCUGCUUCUUAUUUUAGUUGUUAGUAGAGCAGUUUUAGGUGUAAGAGGUCAGAUUAUUAAUGACUAUACUGGUACUAUCAGAAUUCAUUUCGACACCGAGGAUGAAGAGUAUUGGGAACACGACUCGGAUUCAGAAAUAAUGAGCGGAAUCUCCAGCUUGAUUUUUUCUGAUGAUCGAGGUGAACGACACACCAGAAUUCGACGUGAAGCUUUUGAAAGGUCGGAGCAAGUCGAUCCCCACGCCACUGAUUGUGUGGAGAAAUUACAAGCCAUCGAAAGUGCCAUGGAACAUAAAGUCGUUCAGAUGGUUGUCACCAAGGAAAUUCACGAAGAUGCAGCUUUCACGUGCACCUUUUGUGGCAACCCUAUACGCCGGUCUAUGCUGUGGUUUCGGUUAGAGAGAAUCAUGUGGGAGGGCGUGUACAGGAUUAACGAAAUCAUCCCAGAUAUGCACGAUGAUCCACGGCUAAACAGAAUUUAUGUAGAAACAGACCACACAUUGAUUAUUGAAAAACCGACAAUAGAAGAUGCUGGCACGUACUUCUGCAAAGACCACACGGAGCCCGACCACCUGCUGAAGAGAAUCAUGACACCAGCAGAUAUAAAAAGACUCCUUGAAUCCAGGGACAAGUUGAGAUUCCUCUAUCAUUUUGACGUCAUAAAACCCAUUGAUAUACCGAUCAAAGAAGUUUCCCGGGAGACUCCUGGGAAGGAACCAAUGGAGGAUGAAACAUAUCCCGAACAUAACUUCCUACUAACCACGAAAUGGGGCGAUUGGAGUCCGUGCAGCACUUGCGGGGAGAUCGGAACCCGGAAACGUCACGGAACCUGUGCAAUAAAAAAGAUGUACAAGAAACUCGCAGCAAAACCAUGGUUCGUGGAGGCUGUUCUAAGUACAUACAACAGUGGCGUCCCCUGUCGGUCUUCAGUGUUCACCAAUCACAAAGACCUGAGUGUUGACCGUCCUGACGAGAUGGAGAGCGCGAGCUGCAAGAUCAAGUGUGUCACAAGUUUUAAUACUGUUCAGAUAAUGUCAGCUAAAGGAGUAAAAUUGGAAGAAGAAAAAAAGGUCUUUUCUGGCAAAGUUGUGGAGAUAAAAGUGAAAGAAGGAAGUCCAGUUAAAAUGAAAUGUCCUGGGGUUGUCCUGGAGGAUGAUGUGUUUUGGUUUAACGGAACCUACCCCAUGAAGCCGUCCUUGUUUGUGAACAACUCUCGAGUCAUUAUCCACUUCACCAACGAGCUGGAAAUCAAGGAAACAUUUAUUCAAGACACUAAACUUUAUACGUGUUACAAUAAAGCAAACCUGAUGGGCAAAUUUGACGUGAAAAUUGCUGUAGAUCCAGAGAAAGAUGUGCGGCUGUAUUUAACGUACAUUUGGUACACGUACCCGUUCAACUUCUUCGUCUUCAUGGUGCUGAUGCUCAUCAAACACCGACACCGACGCGUCGCGAUCGACGUCUCACAAAAACGUCUCGACGCUCUUGACUCGGCGUCGGAGAGUGAUUCCGUGGCGACACCGGAAGGAAAGGACACGAAAACCUACUUCCAGGAAGCGAACACGGGUCUCCUAAGUGACGAGCACGGGUCGCUGCCUAGUUUCUACGAUGACACGUUACAGGAAGCUGACAGAAGAUCGCAGCUUACCGCUUCGUUCAGCGGUUCGAACUGGAGCCGGUCGCCACCAAGAAGUGUUUCCGUUGACUCGGUGUACCGCAAGUAGCCGCCACACACCUCCGAGGGCGGAUGGUUCGCGCCACGGUCUCCCAGUGGUAAUGGGAGUACGUCACAUGACUCGCACUAUAGUUAACGAACACGCGCAGUUUGAAACAUGGAUCAUAAGAAACAUACUAAAUCUGUAUGUUCGAGAAACUUGAACAAUGUUUGUUAUCCCCAGAUGCACGACAAUGACUUAUAAUAGAAUCGAUGUAUUAUAUAUGUCUGUCUUUCUAGUCGGUCUUCCUAGUUAUAUAUAUAUAUAUAUAUAUAUAUAUAUA